CUGAGAGCGCCGCCGCCGGAGAAGACCGACCCUCGGCCAGAAUCAGCCCGCGGUGCCCGGGCCUGGCUGCCUGCUUCCCGCCUCAGCCGCUGCUCCGGCUCCCGCCGCCACAGAAACCGUCCAGGAGGGUGCGGCGGAACGCGAGGUCCUACGGCCCAGCCCGGUCCGGUGCGGCCCGGAUCCGUGGCACGGGAGGACCCUACAGUGGACAUGAGUCGGUAAUGCCCACUGAGGACUUCUGGGAGCCAUGUCAGACGAAUCCGCCUCAGGGAGCGAUCCAGACCUGGACCCGGACGUGGAGCUGGAGGAUGCGGAAGAGGAGGAGGAGGAGGAGGAGGUGGCAGUGGAGGAGCAUGACAGGGAUGACGAGGAAGGCCUGCUGGAUGAUCCAUCCCUGGAAGGCAUGUGUGGCACUGAGCAUGCCCAGCUGGGGGAAGAUGGGCAGCGGCCGCCGCGGUGCACUUCAACUACCUCAUCUCAGUCUGAGCCUUCAGAGCAGCUUAGGCACCAAGGCAAGAUCCUAGCAUCCGAAGACCCCAAAAAGAAGAGAGCUCAGAAGCCCUCUCAUAUGAGAAGAAACAUACGAAAGCUACUCCGGGAGGAUCAGUUGGAGCCGGUUACCAAAGCAGCACAGCAGGAAGAGUUGGAAAGAAGAAGGCGCCUGGAGCAGCAGAGGAAAGAAUAUGCAGCACCCAUUCCUACUGUCCCUUUGGAGUUCCUACCUGAGGAAAUUGUCUUACGAGCAAGUGAUGGUCCCCAGCUCUCUCCACGGGUCUUGGCCCAGGAAGUCAUUUGUUUGGACAGCAGCAGUGGCAGUGAGGAUGAAAAGAGCAGCCGAGAUGAGGUGAUUGAACUGAGUUCUGGAGAGGAAGACACUCUGCACAUUGUUGACAGCAGUGAGUCUGUCAGUGAGGAGGACGAGGAGGAGGAGAAGGGUGGCACUCAUGUGAAUGACACCUUAAACCAGCAUGAUGCUCUUGGGCGGGUCCUUGUCAACCUGAACCACCCUCCGGAGGAGGAGAAUGUCUUCCUGGCCCCACAGUUGGCACGGGCUGUGAAACCUCAUCAGAUUGGUGGGAUCCGGUUCCUAUAUGAUAACCUAGUAGAGUCCUUAGAAAGGUUUAAGACCAGUAGUGGCUUUGGCUGUAUCCUGGCCCAUAGCAUGGGUCUGGGGAAAACUCUGCAAGUGAUCUCCUUCAUUGAUGUCCUCUUCCGCCACACGCCAGCUAAAACAGUCCUUGCCAUUGUGCCGGUGAACACUCUUCAGAAUUGGCUGGCAGAGUUCAACAUGUGGCUCCCACCUCCUGAAGCCCUCCCAGCCGACAGCAAGCCUGAAGAAAUCCAGCCACGGUUCUUUAAAGUUCAUAUCUUGAAUGAUGAGCAUAAGACAGUGGCAUCCCGUGCUAAAGUGACAGCUGAUUGGGUUUCAGAGGGUGGGGUGCUGCUGAUGGGGUAUGAAAUGUACAGACUGCUCACUCUGAAGAAGUCCUUUGCCACAAGUAGACCGAAGAAAACCAAGAAGCGCUCUCACCCAGUCAUCAUUGAUCUGGAUGAAGAAGAUCGACAGCAAGAGUUUCGGAGAGAGUUUGAGAAGGCCUUAUGCCGCCCUGGUCCUGAUGUGGUGAUCUGUGACGAAGGACACCGCAUCAAAAAUUGCCAGGCCAGCACCUCACAGGCUCUGAAGAACAUACGUUCUCGUCGGCGGGUGGUGCUGACUGGGUACCCUCUACAGAACAACCUCAUUGAGUACUGGUGCAUGGUGGACUUUGUGCGCCCAGAUUUCCUUGGUACUCGUCAGGAGUUCAGCAACAUGUUUGAACGCCCUAUCCUGAACGGGCAGUGUAUUGACAGCACACCUCAGGAUGUCCGCCUCAUGCGCUACCGGAGCCAUGUUUUGCACAGCCUCCUAGAGGGCUUUGUGCAGAGGAGAGGCCACACUGUGUUGAAGAUUCACCUCCCUGCCAAAGAAGAGAAUGUGAUCCUGGUGCGGCUUUCUCAGAUCCAGCGAGAUUUGUACACACAAUUCAUGGACCGUUUCCGGGACUGUGGUAGCAGUGGCUGGUUGGGCCUGAAUCCUCUGAAGGCUUUCUGUGUGUGCUGCAAGAUCUGGAACCAUCCUGAUGUGCUGUAUGAAGCCCUCCAGAAGGAAAACCUAGCCAAUGAGCAGGACCUAGAUGUGGAAGAGCUUGGCUCAGCAGGGACCAGUGCCCGCUGCCCACCCCAGGGCACAAAAGUCAAGGGAGAAGAUAGUACCUUGGCUUCCUCAAUGGGAGAAGCAACCAACAGCAAGUUCCUACAGGGAGUUGGCUUUAACCCUUUCCAGGAGCGAGGCAAUAAUAUUGUUACGUAUGAAUGGGCCAAGGAUCUUCUGAAUAAUUAUCAGACUGGAGUCUUGGAAAACUCUCCCAAGAUGGUACUUCUUUUCCACCUGAUUGAAGAAAGUGUGAAGCUUGGGGACAAGAUCCUUGUGUUUAGCCAGAGUCUUUCUACAUUGGCUCUCAUCGAGGAGUUCCUAGGGAAACGAGACAUGCCCUGUCUGCCUGGUGCCGAGGGCCAAGGAACACAGAAGUGGGUUCGAAAUGUCAGCUACUUCCGGCUAGAUGGUAGCACCCCUGCCUUUGAGAGGGAGCGGCUUAUUAAUCAGUUCAAUGAUCCCAGCAACCUCACCACCUGGCUGUUCCUUCUCUCCACAAGGGCCGGAUGCUUGGGUGUGAAUCUGAUUGGUGCCAAUCGAGUGGUGGUAUUUGAUGCUUCCUGGAACCCUUGCCAUGAUGCCCAGGCAGUAUGUCGGGUAUAUCGUUAUGGGCAGAAAAAGCCCUGUUACAUCUAUCGCCUUGUGGCUGAUUAUACUCUUGAAAAGAAGAUUUAUGACCGGCAGAUUUCCAAGCAGGGCAUGUCAGAUCGUGUAGUAGAUGAUCUAAAUCCAAUGCUGAACUUCACCCGGAAGGAAGUGGAAAACCUGUUGCACUUUGUUGAGAAGGAGCCAGCUCCCCAAACAUCUUUGGAUGUAAAGGGGAUUAAGGAAUCAGUCUUGCAACUUGCCUGUCUGAAGUACCCUCACCUCAUCACCAAGGAGCCUUUUGAGCACGAGUCAUUGCUCCUCAACCGAAAGGAUCACAAGCUGACCAAAGCUGAGAAGAAAGCAGCAAAGAAAAGCUAUGAGGAGGACAAGCGCACAUCAGUGCCCUAUACCCGCCCAUCGUAUGCGCAGUAUUAUCCUGCCAGCGACCAGAGCCUGACCAGCAUCCCUGCCUUCAGUCAGAGGAACUGGCAGCCAACACUGAAGGGUGAUGAAAAGCCUGUGGCCAGUGUUCGUCCUGUACAGUCCACCCCCAUCCCCAUGAUGCCCCGGCAUGUCCCACUCGGCGGCAGUGUGAGCGCUGCCUCCAGCACAAAUCCAUCCAUGAAUUUCCCCAUCAACUACUUGCAGCGGGCAGGAGUCCUUGUGCAGAAAGUGGUCACUACGACAGAUAUUGUUAUUCCUGGACUCAACAGCUCCACAGAUGUUCAGGCGAGAAUCAAUGCUGGUGAGAGCAUCCAUAUCAUCCGGGGGACGAAAGGGACAUACAUCCGCACUAGCGAUGGCCGCAUCUUUGCUGUCCGGGCGACUGGCAAACCAAAGGCCCCUGAAGAUGGUCGGAUGGCUGCCUCAGGUUCCCAGGGGCCUUCUCUUGCAUCCACAAGCAAUGGCAGACACAGUGCCUCUUCACCCAAAGCCCCUGACCCCGAGGGGCUGGCCAGGCCCGUCUCUCCUGACAGCCCAGAAAUCAUCAGUGAACUCCAGCAGUAUGCAGAUGUGGCCGCUGCUCGGGAAUCCCGUCAGAACUCCCCAAGCAUCAGUGCUGCCCUGCCUGGCCCCCCGGCCCAACUUAUGGACAGUAGCACCAUUCCUGGGACAGCUCUUGGAACUGAGCCAUGCCUUGGGGGUCAUUGCCUCAAUAGUUCUCUCUUGGUGACUGGCCAGCCCAGUGGUGGCAGGCACCCAGUUCUGGACUUAAGGGGCCACAAGCGAAAGUUGGCCACUCCAUCUGCCACCCAGGAGUCAGUCCGUCGGCGGUCUAGGAAGGGCCAUUUGCCAGCCCCCAUGCAGCCCUAUGAACACGGGUAUCCAGUCUCUGGCGGGUUUGCCAUGCCACCUGUCUCCUUAAAUCAUAACCUCACCACCCCUUUCACCUCCCAAGCUGGGGAGAAUUCCCUGUUUAUGGGCAGUAGUCCCUCCUACUACCAGCUGUCCAAUUUGCUGGCAGAUGCCCGCCUGGUGUUCCCAGUGACUACUGACCCUCUGGUGCCAGCAGGCCCUGUCAGUUCCUCUUCCACGGCUACCUCAGUCACUGCCAGCAACCCCUCCUUCAUGCUCAACCCCUCUGUGCCAGGGAUACUACCCAGCUAUUCACUCCCAUUCUCACAGCCACUCCUGUCCGAGCCGAGGAUGUUUGCGCCUUUUCCUUCCCCUGUCUUGCCCAGCAACCUUUCGAGGGGCAUGACUGUCUACCCAGGCUACCCGGGUAGACUGUCCCCACAUUCAGGCUACCCGGCUGGUGGCCUCCUCCGGUCCCAGGUGCCUCCAUUUGACUCCCAUGAGGUUGCGGAGGUGGGAUUCAGCUCCAAUGACGAUGAGGAUAAAGAUGAUGAUGUGAUAGAGGUCACUGGGAAAUAGCUAGGAAGCCCCUCCCCACCUCACUUGGGGCCCUAGCAGGUUGCCCACCAAACUGGAAGGCAGAGAACCUGGUCUUUCUCAAAAUAGGGUACUUGGCAGGAGGGAAAAGAAGACAAAGGAGGGUGAUUGGCCAUAAUGGCACACACUAUUGCUGUUUAUUAGAGGAAAAGGAAAAGAAACAAACAAAAGACCCCAGAAACUCCAACAGAGCCCGUAAUAGUGGGAAAUCAGGGACCGAAAACAGGAGGCCUGCCUCUUCCUUCCUGCCUUUCGUAUCUGUCUGCUUAUAUGCCCACCUGAGUGUAGACGCUCAAGCCCAUUCUGCCUAUGAGAAUAUCUUUCCCAAGAAGUCUGCCUUACUGACUUUCUUAGUUUGGCCAGGGGAAUGGGAGAAGAGUGAGGGAGAUGAGGGUGGGCAUGGGGAGCAGACUAAGAUCCCAUGUGAAGUGGUGUCUUUAUAUGAGGUUGGAAGGAAGCAGACUGGGCUGUGCGUGCGCAUGCGUGUGCGCGUGCGUGGGUGUGUGCGUGGUGUGUGUAUGUGUGUGUGUGUCUGUGAGAGAGCGCACAUGUAUGUAGCAGAACAAGAGUGAAGGUGGGAGGGGAGGUAAGAGGUAAACUAAAAAGAAUUGAAUUUAUCUUUUUUGAAGUGUAAAUCAGAGUGGUGGUUUAUGGCUACUAAGUUGAACAUCAAAGUGAGUCCAGGAGAAGAGCCAUGAAAAUCACAGCUUCCUUCUAGUUAGGCCGAGCUAACUCAAGUCCCUAGUCCCACAUUUGUUUUGAACUUGCGGAAAUCGUGAGAAAGCGAGCAUUUCCAAUCUCUAAUCUUUCUCUGUGGGCUAGAAGUGCACUGCAGUAUGAGGGUGGCGCAAUGUGUUGUGGCUAGAGAAGACAUGUUUCACCAGGACAGAACAAGGCCCUUAGGCUGCCUGUCCUGGUGGCCUUUCCUCUUCUUUCCCUCCCCAUUAGAGAGCUCUACCUUAAUUUAUUUCUUAUGGGCAAUUAUUUAUUAUUUCAUUUGGGGGCAGGGGUGGUGGGGGGAGGUUAUAAGGAAGAUAGGGGAUAGUAAAGGAAGUGCUAAGAUAUUCCAGACCUCCUAGCUGCUGGUUUAAAAAAAAAAAAAAAGAAGAAGAAGAAGAAGGGUCCCAGAUGGACAGUAAAUUAAUUGACCAGGGAAAGAAAAUUAGAAUUAACCAGGAACUAGACUAAACAACUAUGUUGUGGGGUAGUGUCUUCUCAGGAAAAUCAGAGAGCACUGAGACUGCCUAGUUGCGGGUGCUGAGACUCAUUCCAUAGAAACUGAAACUUGGGAUCAUGGACUUUGCUACUGGGAAGUGAGUAACCUCCACAUUUGGAACUAUUGUCCUCUAUGAUGCCAGUUCUCUGCUGAAUAGUGAAGCUGUGGAUAGGUAGCUGCUGGGUUGAGGUAAUGGACUGUUGAUUUCCAGUUGGGAAUUGUCUUGGCCUCCCUAGCAUAUCAUGUGAUCAGUGUGAGCCUGGUUUCUGGUGCCUCUAUCUUCUCUGAAAGAUCAUGGGGGAGCCCUUCCUCUGUAGGAGUCUUAAAUCUGGCUUUUGUUUUAAAAGAACACAAACAUAUGAGUCAUUCUGGUCUCCCUCUCCUUGUUCCAAAUGCCAGGAUAGGGGUAUCUAGUGCUAAAACAUGAACACUGGCUAUUUUAUUGCUGUAUACUAUGUCUUGUAGCCAUCUGACCCCCAAAUUUUUCCACACAGUUCUUUCUGAUGAAUAGCUCCUGUCUGGCUUUACUUCCUUCCCUUGGGCUCCACCAUGAUUGGCCAACUGCUAGAUUUGACUCCUAGUUCAAGAAAUAACCUUAACCUCCUGCUACUCUUGACUAGCAACUUCCAGUCGUUGGGGGGAAAGAAGGGAGCUUAAAGGCAGACACUGUGGGAUUGUUUUGAAGAGACAAGGAGAUAGAUGGCCGAUGGGGUGUGUGUACUAUCCAGAAACACCAAAAGUGGAACUUGAGCUUUUUUUCCCUCUGUUUUCAUAUUAACCCUGUCAGACACUUAACUCUUCUACUCAUAGAAGCCUUAGAUCUACAAUUUAGCUAUGCAAAUAACCUUAAGAACAUAAAAAUAGCAGUUCCAAUAGUCAAGACACUUAAUUGGAGUGGGCUCUUAGGUUGAGGCUGGUGCAGUAGAAGUGAGCUAGUCCAGAUCCUAUAAUUUGCAGAACACCCUCAAAACUUGGGUUAUAUGGAUGCCUCUCACACCUUAGAACACUGAGCUCCCAGAGUUGUCUGUCUGUCUCCUGUGUGUGUCUAUGUAUCUGUAUGUGUUACAUGGAUGCCUCUCACAUCUUGGAACACUGAGCUCCCAGAGUUGGCUGUCUCCUGUGUGUAUGUAUGUUACAUGGUAUGUGUGUGUUACAUGGAUGCCUCUCAGACCUUAGAACACUGAGCUCUCAGAGUUGUGUGUCUGUAUGUAUGUCCUGCUAUCAAGGGAAAGGGGUAUUUUCUGUGUUUAUAUAUAUGAAAUUACUAGAAAUCAUUUCAGUAGGGAACUGAAACCAGUCAGUUUUUAAGCUGUCAGGAAGUAAAUGGGUAUUCUGAGAGGUAGCAUGUGUGUGCUUUACACUCUGUCAUUCCAGAGCUUGGAAUUCACUUAAGCAUAGCAGCAGCCAUAACUCUGAGCGGGUCUCUGGCUAAAGAAGGCUUUUUGUGGUAAUGUGCAGCUUCUGUUGUGUAGGGGUGGGAGUGAGGUCAGGGGAGAUUGAACUGCUUAUUAGUUCCGUGGGCUUUGGCAUCCCUCCAUAUUCCCAAACAAACCUACAAAUGGGCUUUUCAGGAGGGCUAGUAGCAAAAUGUGUAUGCACACCAACCAGGAGUAUGUGAUGAGCAAAGCAGGAAACUUACCAAUUAUAUUGUACUUAGACUGGAAACACUUGGUGGUAGGUGGGUGUGCCAACCUACGCUUGUAAUCCUAGCCCUUCCGGAGCUGAGGCAGGUUGGUAUGUACAUGGUGAGACCCUGGGGAAAGGCAAAGAUCUGGCUCACCUAUUUUCUCUCGCUAUUUGUCUUUCAUAGAAUGUUUUUAAGGGUCUCUCAAGUCCAUUCACUGGGGUGUAUUCUAAACUCUUACUAUCUGGAACACUACUAAAUUACGCAAGAUGACACUGAAAAUACUUGAUUCCCUUUUCUUAGUCCUCUGUCCUCUGUAGGGAUGGAGUAGGAGUUAUUCAAGAAAGGAAGUAACCAUGUUAGGUCAGAUCCUUCUUGAUGGUUUAUCUCUGAAGUCCUCACCCCCUUGAGUUAUGCUACUUCAGUAUCUGGAUUGUUUUCUGGCUUAAAGAUAAUUCUGUCUGGCCCUUGGAAUUCCUUUUCUAGGAAUUUAUGUGUGGAUUAUAUCCUUGUGACUUACAACUAAAAAUGAAGUUUCCUACUCUGGGAGCAUGAAGCAAAGAGCCGGGGUAUGUUUUGCUGAUGAGUUGGAACAAAACAUCCAUAUAGAUGGGACUGCUACUGCAGUCAGUAUCUUAAGUCUGACGUUCAUUGCUGUGGAACUGAGUACUCAUCUCUCAUGGCGGAAGGGUUGUUUUGUUUUGUUUUGCGGGGGGGGGGGGGGUUGGAGCUUUACAUUCCUUAUUUCUAGAUAGUCCACCUGCUUCCCACUCCCCUUUGGUUUCUACAUGACCAGUCCUUCUGAGCCAUGGUUUUCUGUGCAUUCAACUAGGUUGCUCUUUCCCCACUGUUACUGUUGAAGAAUUCGCCCUCCGCCAGAGGAUGACUUCCUAGCUCCUCUGCUGACUAGUUCCUGGGAAAUUGGCACCGUAAGGUCAAUCUGAAAAAUGCUGAGCUGCCCAUUGCUCACCUUCAGACUGUUUCCUUUCCACUGACUGACUCUUCUGCCCCUGUGUAUUCAAAUUGCUGUAAUCCCUCAAUGUCUGUUCUGUGUGACACUAGCUUGGCUCUAGGCCUUUUAUGAAUGUCGAGUCCUAUAAUGAUGAACUAAGCAGGCAGCAUCCACCCUCUUUGCUUUUCAGGGACCCAAGUCUGCACCUUUCCCCUGCCACGAGCCUGUUUGCUUUAGUCAUCUAAUGUGCUGGGGAGAGAUAGCCAGGCGGGCUGCGUAAUCUACAAUGUAGAGGGCUAAAGGAAGUUUGGGCACUCUCUGCAACCACUACUAGGAUGAUAUUCAGAUGAGAGGGGACCUCAUACUGUGACCUGACCCAGGACCCUCCCUGGAAGAGAGCUCAGCCCAGGUGUGUUUGAGUGAGUGUGUGUAUGUGUUUGCAUGUGUGUGCUCAUGUGCACUGUGGUGUAAAAUGACUGUUACCUGGUUGUGUAACUCAGGCUGGGGAUUCACCAGAAGAAUCCCUCAAGCCUGCCCAAAACAGGUUUUUUUUUUUUCUUUGUACCCUCUUCAGAGGGAUCAGAGAGAGGGUCCAGGUGGGUUAAAGGGGUUGCAAUGGAUAACCACUAAGGCCACACUGCUGCCAGAGGAGUUGGGGGAGGGGGGAAGGGAGAUGAGGUUGCCCCAAAGCCCUGGUACCUGGCUUUAGUUUUCUGUCUUCUUUCCUCAGGACACCCCUGAGGCCUGGGACCUGUGCCUGGCUUAGAGGACCAUCUGCAGCUGGGUGUUCCAGCUGCUGGUGUGAUCAUGGGCUUCCCUCCUCUCUCACCAGGGCAGGUACUUCUGCCCCAGAGACUGGGCAACUGGCUGUUUCUAUGACGUAUUUAUUUUUACUUGUGUUUCAUGUCACUUUUUUAAAAAAGCAAACAGAACAAUUGUAAGUCAGUAUAACUGCCUAUCAGUUUUCUUUAUUUCUCUUUUUGUAAAAUAAAAUUUAAACUGAA